CUCGAGACGAUCACUUUCAACCUUGAACAAACGUCGCCAGAGGUUCAUACUGCCAUGUAUCGCUGUCUGAGUAGGCCUGGCCAUGUCACCUUCACAGUUACUCAACAGCCACCGCUUGAAGGGUCUUAGCGUCAUCGUCUUUGCCCUCUUCGCGACUUAUAUCCUCUGGAGCAGGCUGCUGCCCGCCUUCGACUACCUCCUACGCCCACGUUCACACCCUGCGCUGAUCACGGACAUCGAAGCACCGCGCUAUGAAAACAUCACCGCGCAUUUGGUGAUCGCGUCGACUUUGAAAGAAGACACGGCAUGGACCGCCAACCUCCAGAUACCCAACCUCAAGAUCCUACGAUAUGUCGCCGAUUCAGCUGCCGCAGAAUAUCGACCAGCAGCAUUCAACAAAGGCCGAGAAGCGUUGAUGUACUUUACCUAUCUCCACGACUUUUACGAUGACCUUCCGGACGUCAGCAUCUUUGUUCAUGCCGAUGAAACACCUUGGCACGUCGAAGGCACUCUACUGCGCAACACCUCCUUUGCACUUUCAAGGCUCGAUCUUCAGCAAGUGAUCAAAAGACAAUACUUCAAUCUACGCGUCACGUGGCGAGCAUCUUGUCCGGCUUGGAUCAAUACCUCGAAUGACUUUUCCAACUUCAAGAAGCCCGAGGAGCCGUACAUGAAGGAGGCGUGGCGCGCCAACUUUGGUGAGGAUGACGAGGUACCUGAAAUUCUUGCCGGGCCUUGCUGCAGCCAGUUCGCAGUCUCACGAGAAGCAAUCCGAAGCCGACCAAAAGAGCAAUACGCACGGAGUGUAAAGUGGUUAACAGAGACGAAAUUCAGCGACCACAUUGCUGGCCGCGUGUGGGAGCACAUGUGGCCAUAUCUCUUCAAGAAGGAAGCCAAGGACUGCGCGCCUGAAAUUUCAAGUCUCUGUGAACUGUACGGCAUUUGUUUCAAGAAUGUGAAAGAGAUCAAUGAGUACAAGGAACUAUGGGAAGAAGUCGAGAGAUUGAAAGAAGUCAUGCAAUUCCAUCGAGCCGUAUGGAACCCCAGAAAAGCAGCCGAAGCCAGACGGAAAAUGGAUCAGGUCGGAGAUGAAAUAGAGCACAAGAUGAUAGAAGUGCUCCAGCGGCACCAGUCACCCAGCACUGGCAAAAUGCUUGCGCGACAAAUACGAUAGACAGCAUACGUGAUACAGUCUGCUACCGCAGCACACCACGAACCAUUCCCACC